AUGGGUGGCACUACCGUUCGGGACGUCGAUGCCCAGAAGUUCAUCAUCGCCUACGCGGCUUUCCUGAAGCGUCAGGGCAAGCUGCCGGUUCCUGGCUGGGUUGACACCGUCAAGACCGGCCCUGCCAAGGAGCUGCCGCCCCAGAGCGUCGACUGGUACUACGUGCGCGCUGCCUCAGUGGCCCGCCACGUAUACCUCCGCAAAACCGUCGGUGUCGGCCGUCUCCGCAAGGUCCACGGCACGGCCAAGAACCGGGGCACGCGCCCGUCCAAGCAUGUGGAUGCCAGCGGCAGCGUCGACCGCAAGGUUCUGCAGUCUCUCGAGAAGAUCGGCAUCGUCGAGCAGGACGAGGAGAAGGGCGGUCGCCGCAUCACCCAGGCCGGCCAGCGUGAUUUGGACCGUAUCGCCCAGACGACGGCCGAGGAGGAGGAGGAGGAAGACGAGGAUGACGAGUAG